UGAUUACCAUUGCUCGGAAACCAAUAGGCGAUAUGCCGCCAAGGCUACAGCGUUUCUUCCUCCGUUUGCUGCGUUAUGACCUUGACUUGCAAUUCAUUCCAGGGAAGCAGCUCGUCCUGGCCGACAUGCUCUCGAGAGCCACAAGCAGGCAAGCGGGUGACACCGACAGCGACGAUGUAGAAGUCCACGCGGACGACACCGAUGGAGGGUGCGCCUUCACCUGCCGAGGUGUUACAAGGAAGGCGACUGCGAACGACGCUGCCGGAUGUCCGUUCCGUUCCAGAAUUUCCGGUCCGAAAGCAUCGCCAGAGCAACGCCUGCAGGAGGACCCUAGCGCCGCUGGGAGCAGGCGACACCGUUCGAGUUAAAGGGGGGUCAUGGUCGACCAAAGCACGAGUCCUCGAGCCAUGCAAUACUCCCAGGUCAUACCAUGUCGUCACAGAGGAAGGAAGGGUCCUCCGCCGCAACCGCCAGCACCUACUUCCGACCGGUGAAAGCUUUCGAAGGCGCACGUGUUCCAGCAGCAGUGAGGACUUCGCCGAACAAACUGCAAAUUGCAGUAGUGGGCCCGCAGCUCUCCAUGCACCCAAUACGGCAGGCAUCGUAACUUCAAGAAGUUCGACAAGACUGCGACGGCCACCACAGCGGUUGACCUACGACAGAA